AGGAAAAAACGAUAUUAUUUUGCGUUCUUCCUUUUCACUCUUUCUCUACUUCCUCGAACGAAUUUGUGAUAGAUUCUAGGGUUUCAUUUCGUUUUUUUGACGUCAAUUUCGUUCCGCGUCCGAGAGAGGCGGAGCUUGAGAGUUUAAUUGAAUAUGGAAGGAGCCAGCAAUGGAGGAAUGUUGUACCACGAGGUACAAGAGUCGAAGCUAUGUGCUGUGCAUUGUGUGAACACCGUGCUCCAGGGACCUUUCUUCUCUGAAUUCGAUUUGGCGGCUCUGGCAUCCGAUCUAGAUCACAAGGAGCGUCAGAUGAUGGUUGAAGGUGGUGUCUCCUCCGGCGACUUCCUUUCCGAGGAGUCUCAUAAUGUGUCCUUGGUUGGUGAUUUCAGUAUUCAGGUUUUACAGAAGGCUUUGGAAGUGUGGGACCUGCAAGUUAUCCCUCUCGACUCUCCAAUUGCUGAGCCUGCCCAGAUUGAUCCUGAAAUGGAAAAUGCUUUUAUUUGUCAUUUGCAAGACCAUUGGUUUUGUAUACGCAAAGUGAAUGGAGAGUGGUAUAAUUUUGAUAGUCUCUAUGCAGCCCCACAACACCUGUCUAAGUUUUACCUUUCAGCCUAUCUUGAUUCAUUGAAAGGCUUUGGAUGGAGCAUAUUCCUGGUGAGAGGAAACUUCCCAAAAGAGUUCCCCAUAUCCUCAUCAGAAGCUUCUAAUGGUUUUGGGCAGUGGUUGUCACCUGAAGAUGCUGAGAGAAUAACUAAAUCCUGCAACUCGAUGCAGGCUCCACCUCCAAACCAGAAAAUUAAUGAGAGUCAACGACAUUCUGAUCAGUUUCUUUCACAUGAGGAUGCAGAAAUGCUUUCAGACAUGGAGGAUGAGGAUCUGAGGGCUGCAAUAGCAGCUAGCCUGAUGGAUUCUUCGCCAGCCAUGACAUCUGCGGAAGCGAGUACUCCUUCAAAUGAUAAUCAAAGUAGCCAACAAGUGAUGAACGCCGGAUCCAGCACCCCUUCAAAUGAUCUGAGUGACAAACAAGCGGUGGCGGCGACUGCUGAAGUUGCUGGUCCCCUAAGCAAUCAAAGCAAUGAACAAGUGGAAGAAACUGUAGCUGGUGCUCAACUAAAUGAUCAAAAUAGCCAAGUUGCUUCCGCACCAAAUGAUACUUCUCGAAGUGAAAACCAGGAAAAACUCUGAGAAUGUGCUACUCUUCAAAUUUGUUUUCACUAUUGAAGACAAUAAUUUAUACCAAUUAGGUGAUGGAAACACACAUCAUUGGGUUAAAGCCAUGGUCUUAAUUUUAAGUGCUUGUUGCUUGAACUGGAAGGAAAAUCUUGAAGCAUUUCCAUCAUAUUAUAGUAGUUACCGAGUUUUGACAA